GGCCACUUUACGCACGCACCCCGUGGCGUUUACGGGCCAGUUCUCGGUGGACUCCAGAGUCCCGGGAGGACCGUGGACACCGGAGGACCUCAUCCACGUGAUAAGGGCCGACAUUGGCACCCCGGGGCCCGACCCGGUCUCGGAACCGUGUCCAAGGUCGCCGAACAUUUACGCAGAAGGAGACGCGGCGGAAGGCAGUAUGGCGCACAGCCAGCCGGACAUCAGCCACAUGUACGCGCCCCCCCACCCACACCCACACCCCCACCCUUACACUCACACACACCCCCACCCGGCCCCCUCCUACUCCUGCAGCGCGGACAUGUACCCGGACCAGUCGGCAGGGGGGUAUCUAGCCACGUCCACCUGCGCCGUGUCCUACCACGCGCCUCCGUCCUACAACCCGGCGCCCAAACCGCCCGUGGACGGCGCCGCGCUGCUCUCCAUCAUGCCGGACUACGGGGCCUUCUACCCGCAGAGCUGCCAGAGAGACGUGCACGCGCUCAGGGUGCCCCCGCCUCUCACUCCUCUCAACACCAUCAGGAACUUUACGCUCGGCGCGCCCUCGUCCGGCGCGGACGGCGCCGCGUCCGCGGCCUUCCCGGGCCACCAGAGCCUCCCCCUCAGGCCGAUCCUGAGACCCAGGAAGUACCCGAACCGGCCCAGCAAGACGCCCGUGCACCAGAGGCCGUACCCGUGCCCGGCCGAGGGCUGCGACCGCCGGUUCUCCCGGUCGGACGAGCUCAGCCGGCACGUGCGCAUCCACACCGGGCACAAACCGUUCCAGUGCCGCAUCUGCAUGCGGACCUUCAGCCGCAGCGACCACCUCACCACGCACAUCCGCACGCACACCGGGGAGAAGCCCUUCUCCUGCGACCAGUGCGGCAGGAAGUUCGCCCGGAGCGACGAGAGGCGGCGGCACGCGAAGAUCCACCUGCGGCAGAAGGCGAGAAAGUCCUCCGCGUCCUAACAUCCGCACGGCGCAUGCGCAGAUGUCGCUAAACGUCAAGUUGAACGUGAACACCUCCUGCCAUUUUUUACAGUGUGGUAUUAGUACUUUUACUUGUAAAAGAGUAUUUUUUACAGUGUGGUAUUGGUACUUUUACUUGUAAAAGAGUAUUUUUUACAGUGUGGUAUUGGUACUUUUACUUGUAAAAGAGUAUUUUUUACAGUGUGGUAUUAGUACUU